ACCCUGCGGUGCGGGCUGGGUGAGGGCAGCCUCAGCAGUGUGAUGGUGGUUUACCUGCGAGCUGCUGACCGACAACCUGAAACACGGAAUCUGACCUGCUGCCCGCUAUAACACGUCCACCGUGCACAUGUUGGACUGCUGGUAGCUGCACAGGAAGCUCAGCUGCUGAUGGAGCACAUCCGACUACCGAAGGUGGAGAACGUCCGGCUGCUGGACAGAGUCUCCCCCAGGAGGAGCAGAGUGGGAACCCUGUACCUGACAGCAACACACAGCAUCUUUGUGGAGAACGAGGCCGGAGUGCGCAAUGAAACUUGGGUGCUUCACAGUUUGGUGUUCAGUGUGGAGAAACAGGCUGCCUCUCCUUCAGGAUGUCCUCUGAUCAUCCACUGUAAGAACUUCCAGAUUCUUCACUUCGUCAUUCCUCGAGAGCGGGAAUGCCACGAUGUUCACCUGUCACUGCAGCGGCUCUCCCAGCCAGAGAGUUAUGAGGAGCUGUACUGCUUCUCCUACAAACCAAACGUUGAUGAGGUGGAGAGACGACAGGAAUGGGACUUCUUGGACCUCAAGACUGAUUACAGCCGAAUGGGACUCCCGAACUCUCUGUGGAAACUCUCCCCCGUCAACCGACACUAUAAGGUAAGCGACACUUACCCUGCUGACCUGUUUGUACCUGAGUCUGCCACACCUCCAGUCAUCGUGGGAAGCUCCAAGUUCAGAAGCAGAGGCAGAUUUCCUGCCCUGUCGUACUACUCCAAAGAAAAUCAUGCUGCCAUCUGCCGCAGCAGCCAGCCGCUGUCAGGUUUCAGCGCUCGCUGCCUGGAGGACGAACAGAUGCUGGAGGCCAUCUUGAGGUCCAAUCCCCGCAGCGACUUCAUGUAUGUGGUGGACACCAGGCCUAAGCUGAAUGCGAUCGCAAACCGGGCUGCAGGAAAAGGCUACGAAAAUGAAGACAACUACUCCAACAUAAAAUUCCAGUUCCUCGGCAUCGAAAACAUCCACGUUAUGAGGAACAGCCAGCAAAAAAUGCUAGAAGUGUGCGAGCUGCGUUCCCCCUCCAUGUCCGACUUCCUGGAGGGUCUGGAGAGCUCAGGAUGGCUGAAGCACAUCAAAGCUGUGUUGGAUGCAGGCAUCUUCAUCGCCAAGGCUGUUGCAGAGGAGGGCGUCAGCGUCCUGGUUCACUGUUCGGACGGUUGGGACCGGACUGCUCAGGUGUGUUCAGUGGCCAGUGUGCUGCUGGAUCCCUACUACAGGACCCUCCGAGGAAUCAUGAGUCUCAUUGAGAAAGACUGGAUUUCAUUUGGACACAAGUUCUCUCACAGAUGCAACCACUUGGACGGAGACCCUAAAGAGGUGUCGCCCGUUAUCGAUCAAUUCCUGGAGUGUGUGUGGCAGCUGAUGGAACAGUUUCCUUGUGCCUUUGAGUUCAGCGAGAGGCUCCUCAUCGCCAUUCACAGCCACAUCUACUCCUGCCAGUAUGGCAACUUCAUUGGCAACAACCAGCGGGAGAGGAUAGAGCUGGGGGUGCGUGAGAGGACUCACUCUUUGUGGAGUUAUCUGUGGAGCAACCGUGCAGACUACAUCAACCCUUUGUACAGACCGGACCACAGCCAGACACAAGGCCUCCUCCGACCAUCUACUGCCCCCUACAGCUUCAAAUUUUGGAGAGGGCUGUACAAUCGCUUCGACCGUGGGAUGCAUCCUCGACAGUCUGUGGAGGAUUACCUGAGAGCCAUCCAAGAGGAGACGCAGCAGCUGGAGGAGCAGCUGGCUUCACACAAACAGAAAAUUACCCAGCUGGAGCAGGAGCAGGGCUGGAGUGUCACGUGGAAAGCAGCCCCCUGUGAUAAGAGUCCGACAGUGAGGGCUCUGGGUAAUGACCUCGGUCUGGCCAACACUCCUCAGGACUACACCGACGGUUUCAUCACCAACAGCCCAAAAGCAGCGGAUGACAGCCUGAUCCUCCAGCCACAGGACUCGAGCCAAACGUCCGAGCCCAGCUUCUCCAACGGCAGCGACCAGGAGUCUGGGAUCGCAGACCUGAGCUGCCGGUCGCCCCUCAGCGAGGACAGCACCAGGGACCCGGACUCGGACGAGGCGGCCUACUCUGCUGCAUGAACGAUCGUAGCAUUCGGAGGAAUGUGCAGCACUGAGCGACACUGAACAAGCACUACCUUUACACUAAUCGGGUAACCUGACUGUUGAAUCAUUUCUGUGAAAGUCGUAUUUGGUUACACUCUUGCACUUUUCUUUGCAUGUGGUGUGGUGGACUCUCUAUUUGUUGCCACAUACAUUCUAAUUUAUGGUAGUUUACUGUAGCUGCUUACAUUUUACGGUGAGACAAAGUUAAGAUACUCAAGAGAUUUGAACUUUUUAACCAAAAUUCUCUUUUGAGGCCCAACAGAAACUAGUUUAUCAGAAUAAAGAGCAAAGGAAGAACAAUUUUGAACAAUUUAACGCAGAUCUAAUGAUAAGCCAUUUAGGGGUGUGCCUGCUUUGAGUUAUGGUCUUCCACAGUUUAUUUAUUAGAUGUCUGGCUUUACAAUGUAACUCCUUAAAGACAAAGCAGUCAAAGUGUAGCUAUAAACACUAUUACAGCAGGUGUAAUCCCAACUAGUAGCAUUUGUUAGCUCUAGAAAACAUCUGGUUUGUAGCACUUUGGCAUCUGAGUUUUUAUAUUCUUCCUUGUAGGUGCAUUAAUCCUGAAAAGUGCAAAGUUAAUUAAUAAAUGGUGGUAAUAAGAGCAGAACCAAAUACGUUAAACAAAUGCACAAUAUAAAACAACUAGUAGAUUAAAUAUUGGAGGAGAAAAGUCAUCAUUAAAGACAUGACAUGUGCAGAGUACAGGCAGUUUACACAUGUGGUAGUUGGCGUUCAUUAUGGUAGCCCUGGAUUCAAGAUUUCAGCCUAAAAGAGCAGCAAUGAAACGGUUUUACCCAGAAUUCAGCUCAAAUGCCAAUGUAGCAACGUUUCAACACUAAAAGACACAUUUAUGACUGAACUAGACUCACUCAGCACAAAACAGCGACCUCAGCUGGGCUUUGGAGUCAUUACACUACAAUAUUUGACACCUUGUGGUUAACAUGUGGAUAUUUCAACUUAUUGUAUUUCAACAAGAUAUCAUGGAAUGUAACUGAAAGGAGUGAGAAACAAGUGUUGAAAUUUAACUGGAAACAAUAUGCAAUAUUUCACCUCCAGAAACCAAAAUCUUACCAAAGGGAAUUAACUGUCAGCCGGUAUAAGGAGUGUAAAUGGUGGGACUACUGAACCAGCAGACUGAAGCGUGUCAGCACACAGAUAAAGUGAUGCUUAAGGCAGCAGAUUUCCAACUGACUCUCCUCUACAGGUAGCAUUAAAGCGGCCAACUUUAAUAGUGUAGUACACAUCACUGGAGGUGCACUCCUGCAAACGAACAAUGCAAAGAUUAUCGAGCAAAGCGUGAUAUGAUAUUUUUGUACUAUGACCUAUUUUUUUUUUUGUCUUCUGUAAUCUCGCUUGAAAUGCUUGUUUUUAUUUGUGUCAAAGGGUUUAAAAAUGUUGGUCAUACUGAAUUCUGACCUUUAUAAUGCCAGGUCCAUUUGUUUAGCUGGAAUAAGAGCCAAAAUUGUUAAACUGAUCAAAAUGCAAAGUUAUGUAAACUGUGUUUUCUUGUGAAAAAAUAAAUAUGUUAUUGUCUGCCA